AGUACAAGAAAUACUACCGGAAUUUUGGAUAUCGCGCGAUAACAUGGCCUCAACAGGAUUGCUGGUGGUGUCCAACAUCAAGCAGCUGGGAAAAUCCCUGCGCAGCAUAGAGAAAUACGUACACUCGCUGUACAUUCAUCUCAAUGUGAAUGCGUCUACGGCGUCACCGCCACCAGCCUGGAGUCGCCUCAUCUCACAGUUGUACGCCGACAGUGGCAGCUAUGUGGGCACGAAGGUGGAUCUGCGAGUGCUCCUGACACCGCUAAAGCUGCAACAACAUGACACGCGAGUUUUGAAACUUCGCAAGCCCGUAGACAUCAUAUUCUCGGACGCACAUCAGCCGGAACUCUGCGAUAGAUUGCGCACAGCGCUUAACAUAAGUAAACCUACCAUUUUUUUGGAAGAUCCCAGCAGCAUGGAUUGGCAGUUACAGCUGCCAACGGAGGCAGCGGAGGGGAGCAGUCAGCAGGUCUAUCCGAACGUGGUUAUUGGCGGCACCUUUGAUCGCAUUCACAUUGGCCACAAGAUAUUCCUCACCCAAGCCGUGCUCCGCGCCCAUAAGCGUCUCGUGGUGGGCGUAACCACGCCUGCAAUGACAAAGAACAAAGUGCUGCCAGAAUUGAUAUUGUCUUACGAGGAGAGGAUUAGACUAUUGCGAGAGUUCCUACUGGAUAUUGAUAAUACGCUGCACUAUGAUAUAGUGCCCAUUGAUGAUCCAUUUGGUCCUACGGCAAGUGAUCCGGAUUUGCAGUUGAUUGUGGUCAGUGGGGAAACGCUUCGUGGUGCUCACAAGGUGAACGAGUUGAGGGCAACUAAACAGCUCUGCCAACUGGAUAUUUAUACCAUUGAUAUUGUGGAGAGCAAGGUGAACGAUGCCAUACACGAGUCAAAGGUUAGCUCCAGCAACACAAGGAUUGAUCUGCUGGGCACACGUUGGCGUCAGCCAGAGGCACGUCCACAUCUGCCCAAUCGACCCUAUAUCAUUGGCUUAACUGGUGGCAUUGCCUCCGGCAAGAGCAAAAUGGCUGCACGUCUGGGACAAAUGGGCGCCCAUGUCAUUGACUGUGACAAGGUUGCUCACGAUGUCUACGAGCCAGGUCAGGAUUGUUAUGAGAAGAUUGUCAAGCAUUUUGGCAAUGGCAUACUAUCAGAAGAUGGACGCAUUGAUCGCACUAAACUUGGCCCUAGGGUCUUUGGUAAUCCGCAGGAGUUGCAGCUGCUGAACUCCAUUGUUUGGCCCGAGCUGAUGGUGGAGGUCAACAAGCGUCUGGCCAAGUUAAGAGCAGCUGCAGAGAUGCCCAAAGUUGUAGUCCUAGAGGCAGCUGUGUUAUUGAAAGCCGGCUGGGAGUCCAACUGUCAUGAGGUCUGGUCCAUGAUUGUGCCGCCCGAGGAGGCAGUCAAACGUGUCAUGGAGCGCAACAAUCUCAGCGAAAAUGAGGCACGCAAUCGUCUGGCCAAUCAAGUGAACAAUGCUGAUAUUGUGGCCAAAUCCCAGGUGAUCUUCAGCUCGCAGUGGGAUUACGAGUUUACCCAGCGUCAGGCGGAACGUGCCUGGCAGAUGCUACACAAGGAGCUGGAGCGCAAGCAGCACAGCAGCCUCUGAAGAUUGGAAAUCUUUAUAAUUGCCAGCUGAUUUCUUUUUAUUUCUUUGUUUGUUGUCACUUAAUUUUAAGUCGAAAGUACAUGGAGCAAAAGCCUGGGUAAUAACAUGGUGUAAAACACUA